UGUCAAUCGCCAAGGCUGGCUUGCCAUUGGUUUCAGGGCGGGAGCCCCACGACUAGAGGGAAGGCGAAGGGAUCAGGAGCGGGAGCUUAGGGGAGGGAGAGGCCGGUUCGGGUCUGGCCGCUACCGCUGCUUGCCUGAGGUGUCCGGCCGGGGAGCGGCUCCGUCCUCGGUUCCUGGGUACCGUCUGCGAGGCCCUGCCGAGCCAGCGUGGGAGGGCCGCAGGCGGCAGGCUCCGCAUCAUGUCAGCCAAGGACGAGCGGGCCAGGGAUAUCCUGAGAGGCUUCAAACUAAAUUGGAUGAAUCUUCGGGAUGCCGAGACAGGAAAGAUACUCUGGCAAGGAACGGAAGACCUGUCUGUCCCUGGUGUGGAGCAUGAAGCCCGUGUACCCAAGAAAAUCCUCAAGUGCAAGGCAGUGUCUCGAGAACUGAACUUUUCUUCUGCAGAACAAAUGGAAAAAUUCCGCCUGGAGCAAAAAGUUUACUUCAAAGGGCAAUGCCUAGAAGAGUGGUUCUUCGAGUUUGGCUUUGUGAUCCCUAACUCCACAAAUACCUGGCAGUCCUUGAUAGAAGCAGCACCCGAGUCCCAGAUGAUGCCCGCCAGCGUCCUAACGGGCAAUGUCAUCAUAGAGACCAAGUUCUUUGAUGACGACCUUCUUGUCAGCACGUCCAGAGUGAGGCUUUUCUACGUCUGAGAGAAGAACGUGUGUGCACUUCAAGAAUCUGGAACAGGGCAGGAGGAAGCUUUGCUUUUCUCCUCCACGUUUGGUUUUUGAUACUCCAGCUGAUUCCUCCAACGCAGACCCACCUGUGGCACCAGGAACCCAGCUCCGUAUAGGUAGCCAGUUGGCCUCUCCUCCCAAAACCUCCAUCUUCACUGACAAGACUAAACUCCCAACCCCAACCAAGGGCAAGGGACAAGCCUCAACUCUUUCCUGGUGCAAGCAUGGGAGCAAACCCAUACCAGGAACCACACUGCGUCUGUCCCUGCCCCACCUUCUUGGCCUCUGGUUUUGAAAAAAAUUUACCUAACUGACCCAUUUAGGUUUUUCUCCCUACCACUUCUAUUUCAUACAGUCUCAUACCUUUAACUUGUAAAAUAGACUAUGAUAUUAUUAUUUCAUGAUGUAAUUAAAGCAUUCAAAUAUUCCUAGUCUUU